UUUACAAGUUCUUAAGUUUGUGGCGGAAGGUUUGUAGCCUCUAAUCUGAGGCAAGGGAAGAAUGAGUGGUCAGAAACUGGUCACUCUGAAUGUGGGAGGGAAGAUAUUCACAACAAAAUUUUCUACCAUAAAGCAGUUUCCUACCUCUCGGCUAACACGAAUGUUAGAUGGCAGAGACCAAGAAUUCAAGAUGGAUGGUGGCCAGAUUUUUGUCGACAGAGAUGGUGUUUUAUUUAGUUUCAUCUUAGAUUUUUUGAGAACUCAACGGCUUAUAUUACCUACUGAUUUUUCAGACUAUCUUAGGCUUCAGAGAGAGGCUCUUUUCUAUGAACUUGAUCCUCUGGUUGAUCUCUUAAACCAAGAACUCCUGCUACAGCCAAGACCUGCUCUUGUGCAGGUGUAUUUCCUAAGCCGAAACACUCAAGCUUUUUUCAGGGUGUUUGGCUCUUGCAGCAAAACAAUUGAGAUGUUAACUGGGAGGAUUACAGUGUUUAUAGAGCAACCUUCAGCACCAACCUGGAGUAGUAACUGCUGCCCUCCUCAGAUGACCUUACUUCCACUACCUCCACAAAGACCUUCUUACCACGACCUGGUUUUCCAGUGUGGCUCGGACAGCAUUACUGAUAACCAAACUGGAGUCAGGUAUGUUUCUAUAAAACCUGAUAGUCGAAAAUUGGCCAAUGGAACUAAUGUUCUCGGCUUACUCAUUGACACUUUAUUAAUGGAAGGCUUCCAUCUGGUUGGUAAUAGAACAGUAUCCUCUGAAGACAAAACUGAAUGCUAUAGUUUUGAAAGGAUAAAAAGGCCUGAAGCUCUCGCCAUGAACAAAACUGUGAAACCAGAGACUGCCAUCAUGCCAGGGCAAUCUCAGAAAAAGAAAUGAGUUUUUUGUUCUCUUUUAGAGUAAAGGGAAAUUGCCAUUUUCUUGUCUCCUGCCAUGCCAUCUCUGGGCAACCACACCUCAACAAUGCUUAAGCCACUCUAACUGCUUGCUGCUUUCUGAACAACACUGUGCACUUGGUGCUUUGCCACAUAUUCCUUCUACCUUCAAUGCCUCUUUCCAUUUCUCUUUUUCAUUAACAUUUAUAUAGCUUUCAAGAAUGGAUUCUGGAAUCAUGCUGAUUGAUUUCUAAUCCCAGCUUAAUCACUUACUAGCUAGAUGGCUUGGGCAAGUCAUUUAACCUAUUUGUGCCUCAACUUCUUCAUCUAUCAAAUGGGGAUAAAAAUAUAUAUAUUUUAUAGGAUAUAUGAGAAUUAAAGGAGAUAAUAUACUCAACACAUUUCCUGGCAUAUGGUAAGCACUCAGUAACUAUUAGUGAUGAUGAUGAUGAAGAUGGCUCCCUUUCCUCUGUAUGGACUUACAUGCCAUUAUAAAAACAAAUUUUUCUCACUUGAA